GUUGACAGGCUGUGUGGUUUACUGAGGACAAAGGUCAGGAAGGACCAGUUUUAGGGAACCAGAAUAUGUGGAGGGGACUGGGUGUGUUUAUGGACUCCUUUGAUAAUGACGGACAGCACAACAAUCCAUACAUUAUGGCAAUGGUUAACGACGGAACCCAACAGUAUGACCACCAGAGUGAUGGUUCCCAGCAACAGCUUGGUGGCUGUCCACGUGACUUCAGAAACAAACCGUACCCCAUCAGAGUGAAGAUUGAGUACUACAAUAAAAUCCUUACAGUAUUCGUGAACAACGGUCUGACAAACAACAAGGAUGAGUUUGAGCUGUGUCUGAGACAGGAGAAUGUUAAUCUACCAGACAGUGGCUACUUUGGUGUAAGUGCUGCUACUAGCAGAUUCGCAGAUGAACAUAGGGUCUUGGCAUUCCUAACUCAUUCAUUUCUUUAGUUCUCAGGACAAACAGGCAGUUCGUGAGGAUUUCUCUUCUACCAAGUGAAAUGGCUCAAUAUAUGAGUGGAAA